ACAAAAUCCAAAUGUAACCAACUGUCACAAAACCCCCUAAAUUAACGUCAGUGAAAAUCUAAACAAGGUUCAAGGUUGGAGGAAUAGCCAUGAGUGGAAACGGUUAUGGUUAUUAUUACGCCCCAAGUGCCCAAAAUUUUCAAGUGGACCCUAACCAAAGUUGGAGCGAGUGGUCACUGGAACAGCAGCAAUACAACAACAAUGCUAGAAACUCAGUACACCCUUUAGGUCACGUGAACAACCACACAAACGCAUAUGUUGCUCCACAUCGUUCUCAGAAUAUUUACAACAGAAACUACCAGCAGAGAAGGUACCCAAACCAAUCAUUUCCCGGGGGCCAACAACAGCCCUGGCAGAGAAACAAUUACAAAAGACCGCGACCACAAGACUCCCCCCAUGAUUCUGAACCCAAAAGCAAAACCUCCAAAAAGAAGAAGAAACCUCUGUCACAAAAUGUCCCAAGUAAGAAAGAUUGGACUUUGGAGGAGGCGGAAAUGGCCCUCAAUGUAGAAAAAGAGUACAACAAACGGUACAAAAACCAUUCACUUAUUAUUAAAUUUCCCGAUCAGGAAUUAAACCGUGACAUUGUCUCGAAAUUCCAUCCAACUAUUGAAAACGUGCACUUUCAACAACCCUCAACCCCCAGAUUUUGCUUCGUGACCCUUCAGGAAUCCGCCGACGCAGAAUCUGUCAUAAGUGCUUUAAACAAGAUAAAAUUCGGCGAAGGUUAUUUAACCGCUGAGUACAAGAAAGACCGCGAAGAGGACCAAAACAUAGGCCCCGAAGACAUCGACCCUUGCACCCUCUACGUCGGCAACCUCGCUCAAGAAAUAACAAAAGAAGACAUGGUCAAAACCUACCCCCUAAGUCGGCGAAUCGACAUCGGCUAUGCCAAAAAAAUGAAAUACACACGAUACGCUUUUGUCUCGUUCAAAAAUGUUAGUGAAUCAAUCGAAGCCUUCAAGAGAACACACAGCACACAAAUGUACUCCAAAAGUCUAAUUGUGCGGUUUAGACGACUGCAUGGAACUGUAGGAAUGCCCGGCGAGUCUAAACCCCAAAGUCCUGCGAAAAAACCCGAACAAACUAACGAAAGACCACCAAGUGAAGUCACUGUUAUAGGUGACACAAAUUCGGUGCUACACACCGAAGUUGAUUUGAGUGUGGUGAAACAGGAAGUGAACAGUUCUGAUGAUGAAUCGAUGGGGAACAAAACGUUGCCGAAGGACUACGAACCGCCAUAUAUGGCAGGCUCGAUUGAUGACGCCUUGGAGCAACACAGACCCAUUAUUAAGAAGGAAAUCAAACGAGAAUUUGAAGAUGAUGAUAGUUUGGCUGUUGUACAAAAUUCUUCAAGUGAUAAUUUAUCAGGGAUGCAACCUAAUGGCUCAAUAAAAGUUGAAAGUCAAUCGUCAACAAUAAAACAUGAGCGUGACGAGGAAGAUGAGUCAUCCGAUGAUGAUGAUGAUACGCCAAGUGAUGUGAAUUUCAGCAGUCUUUUAAACCAACUAGAAGACCAUUCCAAUCAGAUAGAAUCUCUGCGAAAGUCUGUUCUUUAACUUUUAUUUAUUUAACUUCUGUGUCUGUUUUUACGUAUUGUGUUACGGUGAAACGCAUUAUAUUAAAUAUUUAAUUAA